UUUCCUCGUUUUUGUUGUUGUUUCCUGUCCAGGCGAUGGCUCAGCAGGCGACGGCGGGGAGGCGCUACCUGCGGGCGUUCGUUAGCGGCUUCUUCGUUGCCGUUCCGGUCACCGUCACCGUCCUGGAUCGAAUUGCCUACGUGGCGCGAGUGGAGGGAGCGUCGAUGCAGCCCUUCCUGAACCCAGACGGGGGAUCGGACUGUGACGUUGUCCUGCUGAACCGUUGGAGCGUGAGAAACUACCAGGUCCAACGAGGCGACAUUGUCUCCGUCCUGUGA